AUGCGGAGCCUCAACAGAUUACCGCUAGACGAUGAUCUCGUUGACCGUGUAUUCACCUUUCUGCCGACUUUCGACGCACUGCAGGCCUUUCUCCUAACCUCCAAGUCCAUUUAUCAAGUCUACCUGAGGUAUCCAGAAUCAAUCGUCCGAAAUGUGGCAUACAAUGUUGCAGGACCUGCUUUGCCUCAGGCCAUGCAAUUGGUUGAAUACAGGCGCAAGCUGGAAGACGCCAGAAACCAGGACGAUGAGACGAAGUCCGUCGACCUUCCUGAAGAAUCAACCACUGUGAAGCAUAUCUCCACCGACGCAGCGCAUCAGCUCGCGAGAAUCGCAAAGGCUGCUACUGGUCUCGAGGAUAUAUUCAGCCGCAUACAUAAGGACCGUUGCUCACGAACGAGCUCGUUGACAACACUCGAAUCGUGGCGGUUUCGUUGUGCGGUAUACAGGAUCAUACUUUUCUCUGCGCACUUUGGACCAAGGUUCGCUUAUUUGGAAGAUGACGAGACGGAUUCAGACGAUUCUACUGAGAGAAAUGAAGAUCUCCUGCAGCAGUGUAUCGCAUUCCUUGAUGAAAUGCUGGACCCCGAGCUUUUGGAAAUUCGGGCAGUGAUGUUGUUCUUCUCGGAGUUAGUUAGUCAGAUUAAAGUGGUGGGACAUCCAGCGGGGCUGGGCGUAGCAUCUCGAGGAUUUGCUCUCAUGGUUGGACCGGAGGCCAUCCUCGAGUCCGUCCUUACUCGGUCGACAGGCCCACUCCAAGAAGCAGAGACAUACACACCUGAGAACGUCCCGGCGACUCUACACCCUGGGUUCCUAGAAGACCCGCUAACGACCUUACUCCAGAAGAGGCGAAUCCCUAUUCCACCCUCGAAUGAAACCUGGCGCGCACUGUUACAUGAAAUCAAGGGCGAAAAUGAUCAGUGUGAACGCUGUCAAAGUGUUUGUGGUAUGGCACUCUACAAUGAACAUAACUGGGAUCUCCUUCAGGGCAUCAUGCGACCCCACGAAGUGGUAGGACUCUUUAAGGGGCGAUUGAGGCUUGCUCAAAGCGCCAUCGACCUCGUAAAUCGCCUCAACACGAACACCACCAUAGACGAAAUUAUCAGCGAAAUAUUUGAUGAGAUCAAGUCUGUUGAAGAUACGACUGAGCGGACGCAUUGGCUUUGCUUCUCAUGCGUGUGUGAGUUUGUCUCAGGGUAUCUCCACUAUUGGCUGCGUGAAACCCGCAGGAAAGAGGGUAAGGUAAUCCACGAAGACUGUAUGGCUAUAAUUGCCGAACGCAAGUCCACAACAGAGCCCAUGCUGAUAAACUCAACCACCUCUGCGAUCCUACCAGAGGCGAUCCCUAACACCGGACACCGGACACUGGGCCUGGCAUCUGAACUGAAUAAAACCGAUUUGAGCAUUGGGAUUUAG